GUCUCGUGGUUUUGUGCAAUUGCUCCUGAUGCAAACUUUAAAUGUAGUGUAAGAUUGCGGCCGUCUAUUCCAAGUUUCGUUGCAAAACUGGCUGCUACUUUAUAGCUGCAACAAAAAUAUCAGCAGUGGAAGUUCAAAAUGACAUUUCAGAGUCGGAGAAUCUUUCCCGACAAUGUUUUGGCCAAUAUCAAAACGGAAAUGAAUUCUUGACAGAACUGAAAUGGCAAUACCACAGACAGCUAAUAUCUGUGAACUCAUCCCAUUGCUCAUUCAUGGCCGCAGAAGGACCAAUUUGCCCAGUUUAAUGACUGUCAUACCUAUCCGUAUUCUCAAAUUCUUCCCAUAGGGCGACCCGUUACAAGAAAGGAAUAUCCUUUGGACAAGCUCUUCAGGUUGGUGUUAUAUCACAUGGGGUCAUUUCCAGCCUAACUUGGCAAAAUCACAUGUGAAAUCACACAGAUUCAUAUAGGAAAUGUAGAGUUGAUUCUGGCAACCCAAGUGGACCUGGUGUCAUCCAGGGAAGAUAUCAUCGACCUCACUGGGGACCAUUAGGAUCACUUAACACCUCGAGGAACCCAGGAGCAUAACAGUACAACAACACCUCAGAGCCCCGAGAAACCCCCGACACUGGUAUAUACGGUAUAUACGAGGAGGGGAGAACCUUCCAGAUGUCAAUCGCAGUUGAGUGGUGCAAGAGAGUGCAGUAAGUGACAGAUCCUUGCAUCAGCCUGCUAGUGCAUGCUGUGAUUCUUACGAGGCGGUCACAGCAACGUCCGAACAAUGCUCCACACGAGUUGGCUUAUUGGAGUCGUGUUGUUGAUACACCUAACCAUGGCAGACGUCCAUGUUGCCAAAGUCUGCGACCACGGCCAUAAUGUUGAUGCGUGUUUCCACCCUGUUGUCAUGGCAACAAGUAAGAUUGAAGAAGAGGGCGCCAUCUCAGCGACAGAGGACGAAAUGAAAGCGAUCGAACAUGUCUGCAAUCUGUACGAUGAAGGCAUAAAGUGUAAUGAGGCAAAACUGAACGCAUGUCCUAAUGUGACCGAUACGACUCGCGUCAAGAUUUAUACAUAUAUAGACCAGAUGAUUCGGCAGGGGAUCGUGCGUUUCUGCGGCGACAAAGAGAUGCUAAAAGAUUACAUCACCCAUGCAGCAUGCAUGCACAGUCACCAGAACAAAACACAGAAAUGCAUCGUCACAAAUAAGGAUGCAUUCAUCAAAGCCAUGCGACAAUUUGACUCUUUCUCACACCCGAAGGCCAUUGAGACAUACUGCGGGCUCAUCACAGAUCUGUUUCUCUGCGGACGAGCUGCCUUGGACAAGACUUGCAACCAGCAAGCAGGCCGUCUUUUUGUCUCAAUCGCUUCAGAUUUUCUCCCCAAGCAAAUGAUCGACAAGUGCGUAGAUAAAUAUGGCAAGAAUAAGAUGGGGAUGUCAUUUGUAAUGCCAUCGACGAAGUCUGCAGCUUGGAGACGGGAGGUUAACGUUACACUCUCGAUAGUGAUAUUGUUUCUAUGCAUCAAGAUGCAGAGGUUCAGUGAACUCGAUUAGACAAUCAACAGUGGGGGCAUUGCAGUUGUUAUUAGGCAGCAACCUCUAGACAAUCCUGCAGAAUUGACUUUUCAAUGCUGUAACAUCGCAGACAAUCAGUGAGUGUUUCAUGUCAUUGUCGGUCACAAUCCUUGGAGCAACCAUCUCCAUCUUGAACAAUGGACGACGACAUUAGUUCACUGUCACGGAGAUGGGGGCCUGGGGAACUUUGAUACAUUUCAGUAAUGUGCAAGUGACAAAACCCUUCUUGGCACAAAAUGGCCCAUUCCACUAUCAGCCUGGAGAGAUUUUGAUAUUGGUAUCUAAUUUCAGGAACCAGUCCACAGAGAAAGUACGACUUCUGCAAACCCGUACCAUCGUUUCAAUAGGCACUUUUUCUCAUCUCCAAUGGUGUACCCAUCACCAAACCGAAAAGAACAAGAACCAUGAAAUAAAUUACCUUGGGUAGAUUUACAAUCUAUUUAAUAGUUCAGCAACAUAUAAUCACACACAAACAUCAUCAUAAUCACGAUAUAUUUUGUACGGGAACAUUGUUUUGUAUAAUUUUAUAGCAAAUUAAUGUGAUUAACU